UGAACGUGUCUAACUUGACGUCUGCGGCGGAAUGCGUGCGAGUGUUUGCGGUUUAAACAAACUUCCAUGAACUUUAUGCGGCGUCCUCUCACGCGGGGAUCAAACGCAUCACUCGUGCCGGCUGGUUCGAUUCUCUCCACUGAGACCGAGCCUCGAGCCGUUUCACCCCCACCGCGCACUUUUCUCCGGUGCAAAUCCUGUUUGUCCAGCUGGGAAUGAGUCCUCAGUGAGGGAGUGUGAGCAGAGCCGAGCCGUGCCGUGCCGAGCCACCCAGUUAACGUGAACGACUGUUGAAACGACGGGAACAAUGAGAAGAUGAAGCUGGUUCUGUGGAUCCUUCUGUUUUUCCUCUGGAGUCAUGAAGGCACCUGUGGAGACGGUGUUUUGUUCACGAAGCAUCCGGCCAAUCAGACGGUGUCUCAGGGGAACGCGGCGAGGCUGGGCUGUGCGGUUCAGGGAGUGACAGAGCCGGACAUCGUGUGGAUGAAGGACGGAGAGAAACUCUUCAGCACCGACCAGAUGUUCAUCACGCUGGGAGAGCAGCACUGGGAGACCUACCACAGCGUGAAGUCGGUCCAGCAGCAGGAUGCGGGUCAGUACUGGUGUGAAGUCGAGUUCCACGGCCUGACGUUCUCCUCUGAACGAGCCUGGAUCACAGUGGAAGGCGUCCCUCACUUCGUCCAGGAGCCGCAGGACGUGGCCACGUUCCCCAACGUGCCCUUCAACCUCACCUGUGUCGCCGUCGGGCCCCCCGAACCCGUGGAAGUGCUGUGGUGGGUGGGAGGGGUCCAGGAGGGAGAGGCCGGGCCGUCCCCCUCCGUCCUUCAUGUCAAAGGAGUGAACAACAGUGUGAAGUUUUACUGUGAAGCGAAGAACACCAGAGGAAUCUCCGUCUCCAGAACCGGCACGGUUCACAUUAAAGUGCUGCCGGCGGCACCGGUCGGGCUGCAGGUCCAGAAGAUGGUGGACAACAACGUCACACUGUCAUGGAGACCAGGAUUCACAGGACACUCUGAGCUGUCCACCUGCAUCCUGCAGCUGUCGAGGCGUGCGGUCCGGAGGUGGGAACUCCCCCAGCAGGAGGUUCUGGUUCCUCCCCACCUUCAGGUUCUGUCCGGUCUGAGGAGUCACUCCAACUACAGCUUCAGGGUGUCCUGUGUUAAUGAGGUGGGGGCGUCGCCCUUCUCCCCCUGGCUGCACUUCCAGACACCUGAGUCAGUCAAAUAUGUCCCAUCAACAGCAGCUGAAUUAGCUGUUAGCAGCCCUCUGUUAGCAGCUCCUCUACAUGUUGAACUCUCUGUCUUCAGUCCGGCCUUCAAGCCUCCGGGUCCUGAGAGUUCGGUCUCCUUCACGGCGGCUCGAUCCUUCAACAGAACCUGUGCUGAGCUGCAUGAGUCCACACUGGACAGUCUGGGUAUAAACGCCGACCUGAAGAACAAACUGCAGGACGUCCUGAUCCCAGAGAGGCUGCUCACGCUGGGACACAUGCUGGGGAAAGUUAACGGAUCAGACCCUCUCGUCUCGCAGUGA